CAGCGAGAGACUUGCAGUUGCAGAUAAGGCUACACUGCCACUCGCCUCUUCCUGCAAGAACUGGCCAUGGCGGCUUUCUGCACUCCUGCAGCCACCACAGCUCCCCAUGCCACUCCAGCUCCUCUCACCCGCCCAUGGAAGCACAUCGCCUUGUGCCAUUUCUCCAAGCUAGGCAGCGGCGGCAGCCAGAGGACGCGGCUCGUGAGCGCAGCUCCUCAGGUGCGCGCAGUGGCGCCGGCGACGGCGGCGGAAGAAGCGGCGGGUCCCUCCCCUAUCAACGUGGAGUACCUAUCCGCCGAGUUCGCGGGCCACGGCGUGAGCUUCGAGGCCGUGGGAAUCAGCUGCGCCGUCAAGAUGGCGCUGCGCAACGGGAGCGUGGCGCACCUGCUGCUCCCGAGCGGGCUCGUCACGUCAUACAAGCCGGCCAUGUGGCACGGCUCCGUCACGGAGGUGCUCCACACCUCCGUCGCCGCGGGCCACGGCGGGCGGGCCGUCAUCCGCGGUGGCGUGUCCGUGGACCUCCACUGCGCGGGCGGCGACGGCGGGUGGUCGCCGAGCGGGGCGUGGUCACUCCGCGACGUCCGGGGAAACCCCACGACCUCCAUCGAGAUCGAGCUCGCGUCCGCUGCCCCGGGGGACGCGGCCGAGGCGAGGUGCGUCGUGACGCUGCACCCGGAGGCGCUGGCCACGGAGCUCUCGGCAACAAACAACGCGGCCUCGUCCUCGCCAAUGGCGCUGUCGUGCACCGUGUCCAACCACCUGCGCGUGAGCACCCCGGACGCCACCUACGCCUUGGGGCUCCAGGGCUCCGACUACCGGAGCGUCGAGCCCGCGCUGUCGGAGUUCAGCAUCAUCCCUCCGGACUACGGGGCCGCACGGCAGUCCGCGGCAGGGAAAGCCCGGCACCGCUUGUCGAACAAAGGUUUCGACAUGGUCCUCUCCGGCGGCCAGGCGCACGGCGCGGCGGGCGAGCCGGACGGCGAGGAGGACGACGACUACAAGCACAUGACGGAGGAGAUGUGCCGGGUCUACAGCCACGCGCCCAGGGAAUUCACCAUCAUCGACAGGGGCAGGAGGAACUCCAUUUGCUUACACAGGAGGGGGUUCGAGGAGCUGUACGUCUUCAGCCCAGGAUCCCAGUACCAGUGGUACGGCAAAUACGCCUACGUGGUUGUAGGGCCUGCCAUGCUGGAGCCUGUGGUGCUGAGGCCUGGUGACAAGUGGCAAGGGGCACAAUACCUGCGCAACCCCAAUCUUUAGGCUCACCUCUGCUGACUGAUGCCGGCACAGGACCUGGGCCAUCACAUCUAGUAUGCAGAUGUGGUUUGGCUAGAAAAAAAAAAGAUGUAAAAAGGAAUAUAAUAAGACAGUGGUUUACAUA